AUGUCUCCUUCUCAAUUGCCAAUCCCAUGCCGCACGAUCAGCCAAGAGGGAUCAAUGACUGAUGCCAACACCCAAGCAUCGCUCAACUCGACCGUAUCUGUACAACGUGAACAAUCAUCACAAGCGUCGCGUCUUAUCGGUGAGAAGCUACUUCAACGAUGGGCUCUCUUGAAUGAACUAUGCACAAGCGAUUGUUGUCAUGCUGUCCCAUUGGUGAGAGAUCCAAUGCAUCAAUUCAUGCUGUGCGUGCUUUGUGAGACAAAGUACAUGCUAGGACACUCCGCCAGACAAUACGAUUUCAAGCGUGGACGGCUACAAGAUACAAUAGAAGAGAUAGAUCAUCAUCAAGCAGCACCAAAACGUCAAAAACGUGGGCAAUAG